CCCGGCGCAUGAGCGCUCGGGCGCUGUAGCGCAUCUAUUAUACUGCCUUGCCGAGGAUAAAAAGAAGAGCAACUGGAGGGACUAUAAGGCAAACGUUGCUGGAGCUGCCGGGGCAAAUUUGCUCUAGGUUGUAUGGUUGGACCCUGGAAAUGGGAUGUCAGUCCCGUUCAGGGAGCAUAAAGGAAGAAAGAAAAUCUCCCCGUUGCUGCUGCCGUAACAGCGAGUGAGAGCCCGAGCGGGAAAAUGUCGACAGUCACAUCAGCAAUCCAGGCUCCUCAGGGCCCUGUGAAUCCGCCGCCUCCGGAGGUGACUAAUCCUAAUAAGCCUGGCCGGAAGACCAACCAACUGCAAUAUAUGCAAAAUGUUGUGGUGAAGACCUUGUGGAAGCAUCAGUUUGCUUGGCCUUUCUACCAGCCUGUCGAUGCAAUUAAAUUGAAUUUGCCGGAUUAUCACAAAAUAAUAAAAAACCCCAUGGACAUGGGGACGAUCAAGAAGCGCCUGGAACACAACUACUACUGGAGUGCCAGUGAAUGUAUGCAGGAUUUCAACACCAUGUUUACAAACUGUUACAUUUAUAACAAGCCCACAGAUGACAUUGUCCUCAUGGCCCAAGCCCUGGAGAAGAUAUUUCUGCAGAAGGUUGCCCAGAUGCCUCAGGAGGAAGUGGAGUUACUACCCCCAAUUCCUAAAGGCAAAGGUCGCAAGCCGUCAGCGGGCACCCAGAGUGCAGGAGCUCAGCAAGCCGUGGCCGUGUCUUCCGUGUCCCCGCCGGCGCCGUUCCAGAACGUCCCUCCAGCCGUGUCUCAGACGCCCGUCAUUGCUGCCACCCCCGUGCCAACCAUCACCUCCAAUGUCCCGCCCGUCACUGCCCCCCCUGCCGCCGCCCCCCCUCCUCCUGCCGCUCCAAUCAUGCCCGUGGUGCCUCCCACGCCACCGGUUGUCAAGAAAAAGGGAGUGAAGCGGAAAGCGGACACGACCACCCCCACCACCUCUGCCAUCACUGCCAGCCGGAGCGAGUCCCCCACGCCCCUCUCGGACCCCAAACAGGCCAAAAUCAUCGCGCGGCGGGAGAGCGGCGGCCGGCCCAUCAAACCACCAAAGAAAGACCUGGAAGACGGAGAGGUCCCCCAGCACGCAGGGAAGAAGGGCAAACUCUCUGAGCACCUCAAGUACUGUGACAGCAUCCUCAAGGAGAUGCUCUCCAAGAAACACGCAGCCUAUGCGUGGCCCUUUUACAAGCCCGUUGAUGCAGAGGCCUUGGAAUUACAUGACUAUCAUGAUAUUAUCAAACACCCCAUGGAUCUCAGUACUGUGAAAAAGAAAAUGGACAGUCGGGAAUACCAGGAUGCACAAGGUUUCGCAGCAGAUAUUCGGUUAAUGUUCUCUAAUUGUUACAAGUACAAUCCUCCAGACCACGAAGUGGUAGCCAUGGCCAGGAAGCUCCAGGAUGUCUUUGAGAUGAGGUUUGCAAAAAUGCCCGACGAGCCUGCAGAGGCCCCCCCUCCACCUCCACCAACAGCACCAGUGGUGAGCAAAAGCACAGAGAGCAGUCACAGCAGCGAGGAGAGCUCCUCUGACUCGGACAGCUCCGACUCGGAGGAAGAGCGAGCGACUCGGCUGGCGGAGCUCCAGGAGCAGCUGAAGGCCGUCCACGAGCAGUUGGCUGCACUGUCACAAGCGCCAGUGAACAAACCAAAGAAAAAAAAAGAGAAGAAGGAAAAAGAGAAGAAAAAGAAAGAUAAAGAGAAGGAAAAAGAAAAGCACAAAGUAAAAACCGAGGAGGAGAAGAAACCCAAGGUGGCUCAGCCACCAAAACAAACCCAACAGAAGAAAGCCCCAGCUAAGAAAGCAAACAGCACAACCACAGCAAACAGGCAGCCCAAGAAAGGAGGCAAACAGGCAUCUGCAACCUACGACUCGGAUGAGGAGGAGGAAGGUCUGCCCAUGACCUAUGAUGAGAAACGACAGCUCAGCCUGGACAUCAACCGCCUGCCUGGGGAGAAGCUCGGCAGGGUGGUGCACAUCAUCCAGUCACGGGAACCUUCCCUCAGAGACUCCAAUCCCGAUGAGAUAGAAAUAGAUUUUGAAACGUUGAAGCCCACAACUUUACGAGAACUGGAGAGAUACGUGAAAUCUUGUUUACAGAAAAAACAAAGGAAGCCGUUUUCUGCAGGUGGAAAAAAGCAAGCAGCGAAGUCAAAAGAAGAGUUAGCUCAGGAAAAGAAGAAAGAACUAGAAAAAAGGUUACAGGACGUCAGUGGGCAGCUAAACAACAACAAGAAACCUGCAAAGAAAGAGAAAUCCGGCUCCACUCCCUCUGGAGGCCCCUCCCGGCUCAGCAGCAGCAGCUCCUCCGAGUCUGGGAGCAGCAGCUCCAGCGGCUCCAGCUCGGACAGCAGCGAUUCGGAAUGAGUUACGGACACUGGGACACAAAACAAACGGACAUCCCCCUCCCCGAUGCUCUGCAGUGUUCCUUCCCCUCCUUAACGUACUGCUCUCCUCCUCCCACGGUGGUCAGGUUUUAUCCCCUCUCUCUCUUUCUCUGACUUUUUUUAUUUUAUUUUUUAAUUCAGUGUUAUAAAAGGUAUCUUCCUUUU